AUGACCCAGAACUACAGCAUCCAGGUGUACAACUACAGUGGCGCGCCACGCAACUAUCUUCUCUUCCAGACUGUGCCCGUUCCCUCUGGCCAGCCCAAUGUCUUUACCAACGUCUACCAGUCAUCUGGAAUUGUUCAGAGUGGUAAUUACUCCGAGGUCACCUUCCAAAUGACCGAUGAGUUCUUUGCUGUGUACGGAGCGAACCCUACUCCGCUCGGUGACCAUGUCAGAGUCAUUACGGGUUCCGCAGAGCCAGUCACCCUUUCUAGUGGUGAAAAGCCCCCGGAGCAGCCCGGCACCAUGUGUGUGAUGACCACCACGCAGGGCGAGUAUCCUGCUUGGGAGAAGGUCAGCCAGACUCAGCAGACCGAGCCCAAUGCCUAUUGCAUAUCCUGCGAUGGGACGUUUAACUAUCCCACGGAGAGGAAGUCCUCCUGCUCGUUUCUUCCAGCUAAUCUGCAAAAUACAGCCAAUAUCUUCAUUGGUAUGGGCGCUCCGGAUCCUUACACGCAGUUUAUCAUCCCGGUGGCAACGGUGCCCGCAAGUCCCAACUACAACUUCUACUUCCAGCCAAUCGUCAAGUACUACAUUGGCACUGGUGACUUUGAGGCCGGAACCGUGGUCAACGUCACGGAGAUUGGACCAGUUUUAACUGUGGAUUUCACCCAGCUCCCCGGAAACACGGCCGUCUACACCCAGGGCCAGGACAAUGAAUACACCUUGGGUCCACCCUCUGAUACCGAGGCUGUCAAGGGCCACAAGAAGCAGUAA